AUGGGUUGCCUUGAGGAGCAUAAGGUCCCUUAUGCGACGUUCAUGCUCCAGGGAGAAGCUGAGAACUGGUGGAAGUUCGUGAAACCCAUAUUAGCAGCACCUAGAGGUGUUAUUCCUUGGAAUGGCUUCAAGGACAAAUUCCUAGACAACUAUUUACCACGAGAUCUCAAGAAGCGGAAGGCGAGUCUGAAGCAGGGAAACAUGUCCGUUGGAGAGUACACGGCCAAAUUUAAUGAACUUCUACAGUACUGGCCUCAAUACCAAGAUACUUGGAACGAAGAGGACUUAUGUGCUCAGUUUGAGAAUGGGCUUCGACCAGAGAUUCAACAGCCAGUUGGCUACAUGCAGAUUACAGAUUUCAAUCAACUGGUGACGAAGUGCCGAAUAUUUGAGGACAAGAUGAAAGAGAGGCAAGUCAGAGGCUUUGGAGGACCACAAAGAAGCCACCCUUUUAGAGGAAACAAUAACAAGAGGAUGAAGCCAUAUCCCAACAACAAGGGGAAACAACCUAUGGCUACGUCCAACAUGAGCCAGUCAAGGGGGACUGGGGUACAGUGCUAUCAGUGCGGAGGACCGCAUCUCAGGAGAAAUUGCCCACAACUCCAACAGACACAGGAAGAUCGUUGCUACCUUUGUGGCAAGGUAGGCCAUUAUGCUCGGGAGUGUAGAAUGGCUAGGAGACCGACGGUAACUGCCAAUUCUAACACAGUCAACCGUGGAUCUACUAAUCCCAUGAGGAGCAGUAAUGUUUGCAACAACAAUAACACUAGUGGUGGAAGACAGAAGGUACCCUCCCGGGUAUUUGCUAUGAGUGGAUCAGAAGCUGUUGCCUCUAACGAUUUGAUGCAUGAGAAGAUGCUAGUAUUUGGUGGAAAUGUAAUUCCAAAUGAACCAUUGAAGGAGAAUGCUUUCAAUGAUGAAGUGGAGGACAUUCGAACCUACAUGGUGCUGUUCUCCUUGAAUGUGGAGGAAGUCUCUGAAAUUAGCAGUAUACCGGUGGUGUCAGAAUUCCCAGAGGUCUUUCCUGAUGACAUUUGUGAAUUACCACCUGAGAGAGAGAUCCUGAGGGAUAGGAAAUUGUUCGCCAAACUGUCAAAAUGCGAAUUUUGGUUAGAGAAGGAGCAGUUCCUGGGGCACGUGAUUUCUAAAGACGGGGUUGCGGUGGACCCGGUUAAAGUGGAAUCGGUUAUGGAGUGGCAACAACCGACAACUCCAACAGAAGUUUGA